AUGGCGGCAUUUACAGUUCCAGGUUUAUCUGAAGGAGCAGGUAUUUUGCCAGAUGGUCCUCUGAUCACAUCUGUAGGAGGGAUGGUGACGUUCACCACAACACUCACUCCAACAAACACACCAUUUACUGUCAUUCAAUGGAGAUUUGGUGUUAAUAAUAUAAUAACCUCUGAACUAACAUCAAACACGACUGAACCAGAGUAUGAAGGAAGGAUCACCCUCUUCAUUUCUACUGGAUCUCUGGAGCUCAGGAAUCUGAAACUCAGUGAUGCAGGAGAGUACGGAGUUUCCAUUUUUCCAGGAUCUUUUAAUGGAAUGAUCACACUAAAUGUUUAUGAGCCAGUCUCCAGUGUAACCGUCACUGUCAACAACACAGACUUGGUUGAGUUCAACGACUCUGUCAGUCUUUUCUGUUCUUCCUCUGGAUCCUUCCUCUCUUUCCUCUGGAUGAACGGCAGCUCUGAGGUCGCAGCCAGUGACAGAGUUCAGAUCACUGAUGGAGGAUCCACUCUGAUUAUAAUUGGUGUGACCCGCUAUGAUGAGGGACCAUACAGCUGUCGUGUGUCCAAUCCUGCCAGUAAUGCCAUCAGUGAUCCAGCAAACAUCAUUGUGAACUAUGGUCCAGAAAAUAUUAAGCUGAUUCUGUCGCCAUCACAAGGUCCUUAUGAGGAAGGGUCAGACGUUAAUCUGAUCUGCUCCACUGAGUCCAGACCUUCAGCCCAAUGUACAUGGUUUCUGAAUGGAAGCAAGCUGCCUGAUACGGGACCAGAACUCCCACUGAUCAAUAUUGAUCUGAAUCAGAGUGGAAACUACAGCUGUCAGGCCUUUAAUCCCAAAACUCUGAGAUAUCAAACAUCUGAACCUGCAACUGUCUCUGUUCUCGAGCGUGUUUCCAAUGUUGUGGUAAAAUCAAACACUACAGACUUGGUUGAGUUCAGGGACUCUGUCAGUCUGUCCUGUUCUUCCUCUGGAUCUUCCCUCUCUUUCCUCUGGAUGAACGGCAGCUCUGAGGUUGCAGCCAGUGACAGAGUUCAGAUCACUGAUGGAGGCUCCACUUUAACUAUAAUCAAUGUGACCCGCUAUGAUGAGGGACCAUACAGCUGUCAUGUGUCCAAUUCUUUUAGCAGUGGCAUCAGUGAUUCAGUAAAGGUCUUCAUCAGCUAUGGCCCAGAAAAUACAGAUUUGAAAAUAUCACCAUCACAAGAACGUUUUGAGGAAGGGUCAGACAUCUACUUGUUCUGCUCAGCUUUAUCCAGACCUGAUGCCAUUUUUCAGUGGUUUCUGAAUGGAGACCUGCUGAGUGAUACUGGUCCAGAGCUCAAACUAAUAAAUGUUCAGAUGGAUCAGAGUGGAAACUACAGCUGUGAGGCCUUUAACAGCAAAACUCUGAGAUAUCAAACAUCUCAACCCUCACUCAUCUCUGUUCAUGAAGCCACCAAUGAUGGAUUAUCUGGUGGUGCCAUUGCUGGAAUAGUAAUAGCAUGUAUAAUCAUUAUUGCUGCUGUUGGUGCUACAGCGUACUACUUCGUUAAAAUAAAACCCAAGAAAACAUCUAUGAAGAGGAAUAAAUCCACAGCAGGUGGUGGCCAACAGGACAAUGCAGCAUAUAGAAGUGAGGAGCUGAACUACGCAGAUGUCAGGUUUUCUAGAAACAGAAAUGUAGAGACAGUCACUGUGGGCUCAGAGAAUAAUUCAAACUACGCUCAGCUCAAAGUGAACAGCACAACGCCUGCAGCAUCUUCUCCUCCCACCUACGAUGUCCACAUGCAGCAGGCGAUGAAGAGAGCUCCUCAGCCCGGUGGUAAUGGGGACUCAACUUAUGCUCAGGUCCACAAAAACCGAAUGCGUUAGAUCUGAUGGAUGCAGCUCAGAUGAAGCCGUAAGAAGCUGAUGUGUUCAGAGAAACUUGCACAUCCCUUUCAGUAUCUCUAUGGUGGAAAAAUAUGGACUUGAGUUUACUUAGUCAAAGCACUUUAGUGGUUAAUAAUCAACCAGCUGUGACAAUCAUUGCUGUGGCUGAGCUCAGGUGUCACUUUGUUUUCACAUUAUAACUUUGUGUUUUCAGUCAAUUAUAGGUGAAUAGUAUAUUUGUCUUCAUGAUUCGGUUGUUUGCUUGAGCAUAUUUAUCAUCAUUCUGAUAUUUGGCUCAACAUCUGUAUCUGUACAUUUAUGAUUUCUAUUAAAAUUACAGUUAGCAGAUAAUCGUUUUUAAAAUAAUGUGUAUUUAUUUGGAAUUCUAUAAAAAUCUUAAUUUAUUGAUCCGGUUAAACAAUAUUUUAUACAAUCUCAGGAUAUAAUUGUUAAUAUUACUACACUGAUACACCUGUGUAUUACUUGAUAUCAGUGUAGCUUGUUUAUUAUUUAUUAACACAAUGAACUACAGUAUAAUUACCAUACUCUGGUGGAAAUAUGUAAAUGAGAUUCAAAUUCAUUAUGGUGCAAAGAUUUCUGACUCAUAAUAAGCAAUAAUGUUGGUAAUAAUAACAAUAACAUAUUUUUCUAUAAAUCUACUUAAAGUAUAUAAAUGAAACAACAGAUUAGCAUUAAAUUUGAAAGUGUGUAAAAGUUGAGGAAGUCCAGUGGUUAUAUGGUGGAUAUCUGAUAGAUAAUAAAUGCACUGAGUCUAUCCAGACGAGAUGCAGAAACUGUUCCCUGAUUCAGACCAGGUUUACAGUAAACAGCAGAUGUUGCUCUGAUAAGAUAGAAAAUUACUUCCUCCACCAGCAUGUCAAAGUGCAAAGAGAAAAGGGAUGUUAGCUGACAUUACCACAGUUGCACAUACAUCUAUUUAUGUAAUCUGGAAUACCCUGAUACUAUUAAUGCAUAUUGUUUUAAAGCAGUCAAUUAUGUAUAAAAGUGGAACGCGUUGUCUUUGAGAAGGUUCACCGUUGACAAACUGAAAGUAGUUUAGAGCCGUCAACCCAGAAUAUUAUUGCACUCAGUUUUAUAAGAGAGCUUAAAAAUCUGGUAAUUCAGUAAAGUAAUUAUACUUUGCAUGAGGAACAUAUCACGUUAGAAAACAUAUUUAAUAUGCUAUAAAUAUACAACAGGGAAAUGUAGAAAGCCACAUAUUAAAUUUAUUUUGACAAACUCCAGCAAACAAUCAAAAGUCUGUUUGGAUGUUACUUUUAAAUCUGAUACAUGAUUAAGAUGUGAAGAAGUAGAUUUACAGGCAGAAACUUACAUUAACCUCAGCAAAUCAUUAUCCAUUGUUAGACUGUUGCCCAGCAACACAGUUGUUUAUUGUGAAUGAAUGAUUUCUGCAAGCAUCCUGGUUGGUGGUAGCACCAAAUAUUUAUUUAACCUGAUUGUUCAUGUAAGUUGUAUUUUGAUCGUUGUUGGUACUCUGAAAAUAAUUUGAAAUAACAACUUUAGUGUGGAGCUAAUUAUAUGGUGACAGUCUUGAUACCAAUGACCUCACUCUCAUGUAAGUUAAUCAUUACUCAAAAUUAACACAGCUGGGCCAAUGAUUACUCCUGCACUGAGACUUUGCUUUGCUGUCUCCAGGAAACUGUCAUUUCUUUUUCUCAGUUCAACCAGUAAGUCUCUACAUUCAAAGGCAAAUGUGUGAUAAAUGUUGACCAUUAAAAGAAUGCAAUAAGUGUAAGUCUUAGGAUGCAGAUGCUGUAUUUGUAAAGACGUGUAUGAUUGUCUUUAUCUCCACCAAGGUGGAGGUCUGUCUGUCUGUUUGUCUGUCUGUUAGCAACAUAGCUCAAAAUGUUAUGUACAGAUUUUGAUUAAAUUUUUAGGAAAUCUCAGAAAUGGAAUAACUGAUUAAGUUUUGAGGUGAUUAAGAUGACCAUCUGGAUCCAGGAUUUUUGUAAAAGAUUCUUUACAUGGGGGAGAAUAGUGCCAUUUAAGCUUCUAACUAAAAAAUAUA